AUGGAUUUCGAAAUGGAUGAAGACGAACUCGCAGUCGGCCAAGGACAUCAAAGUCAUUACGCUGAGGACCAUAGCCACUUCGACAGCCAGAGACUCAAAUCGAUUGCCGAAAUAUCAGAGUCUAUCGGAAAGCUAUACACCAACUUGAAUGCCCUCAAUCGGAACAUUGGAAGUGUCAACUUGGUCGGACGGCAGUUUGAGAACGUGUAUCACUUGUGGUCAAAAUUUGAAGAGGUGAUUCGCGUACCCUCAGCCUCGGUCACUUCCACGAGCGAUGCAACCAGCCCAGCCCAAAAUGUUCAGACUGAGAGCACUACUGGAGGCGCCCUCGCUUAA